AGCAGUGUGCGAGCGUUCUCAGCCUAGCCGAGCCCCGUAGCGUGUAGCGAGAAGGUGCGACAGCAGGGUAGGGAGCUCACUGUUAGUCGUUCCUCCGAUCCACAGAUGAAUCAGUGGUAGACUGCUGGUAGUAGUAUAUAUACAAUCUCUAGCUGUGCCGCUGUUUUAGAGUAUCGUCGUGAGAGCUCACAAGGAGAAGAUCUGGUGCUGCGAAAGGGAGAAGAAAAGAAGAAGAAGAAAUCAGCUCAGCUCAGCAUGGCUUCCUCGUCCUUCAACAACAGUCACUGGCCGAGCAUGUUCAGGUCCAAGCACGCCGCCGAGCCGUGUCAGACGACGCAGCCUGACAUCAGCAGCUCACCGCCGUCCCUCCUCUCAGCUGGCGGCGCGAGCACCACCACCACCACCGGCCGCUGCCUCAAACACUCCAUCUCAGUAGGCGGCGAGGAGCGGGCCCCGGAUCCGAAGCCGCGGUGGAACCCCAGGCCGGAGCAGAUCCGGAUUCUGGAGGCCAUCUUCAACUCCGGCAUGGUCAACCCGCCGCGCGACGAGAUCCCCCGCAUCCGCAUGCGCCUGCAGCAGUACGGGCAGGUCGGCGACGCCAACGUCUUCUACUGGUUCCAGAACCGCAAGUCCCGCUCCAAGAACAAGCUCCGCAGCAGCACCGCGGGCACCGGACGCCUAGGGCUGCAGGGCCUCGCGCGCGCGCCGGGCCGCGGGGCCGCUGCGGCGCCGCCGCCCGUCGAGCCGCCGCCGCUGGUCCAGAACCAAUUCCACAUGCUCGCCUCGCCCGCGCAGGCGCCCACUUCCUCGUCCUCGUCCUCCUCCGACCGCUCCUCCGGGUCCAGCAAGCCGGCUGCGGAGCCGGCGAUGCCCGCGACGGCGGCGCCUAUGGACUUGCUAGGGCCGCUCGCCGCGGCGUGUCCCCAGAUGUACUACCAAGGCAGCCCCGUGGCGCCAGCGCACAAGGUGCUGGACCUCGUAGCCUCCGUCGAGCCGGUCUUCCAGCCGUGGCCGCAGGGCUACUGCUUGUCGGCUGCCGAGGUCGCUACCAUUCUCGGGGGACAGUACAUGCACGUGCCCGUGCAACAGCAGCCGCCGGCGCCGUUGCCCGCGGGAGCAUUAUUGGGGCUGUGCAACGACGUGACAGAGCCGACCGCCGUCGUCACUGGCCACAAGACAUGCGCCUGGGGCCCGGCGGGGCUCGGGCAGUCCUGGCCCUGUGGCGGCGCUGAUCAUCAUCAGCCCGGCAAGAACAACAACACCGCGGCAAGGGAGUUGGCGCACGAGGACGACGCCACGAAGCUGGGGUUGCUGCAGUACGGCUUCGGAGCUACCACGGCCAUGGAGGCGGCUCCUGCGGUAGCGCCUCUUGCUGCAUCGCCGGCGGGCGGCGCUGUUACCAUGGCGAGCGUGUCUGCCUCUACCGCUGGCCUCACAGGUUUCCCUGCAAGUACUAAUGGUGUCGUCGCCAACUAUGAUCUGCUGCAAGCAGGACUGGCAGUGCCCGGGGGCGGGGCCGGGGCCGGCCGUGCGCCUGCCGCCGUUGCCGUUGCCGCGGACGCGGCGCCCACGGCGGCUCAGGAGGGCGUCGUGGCGCUGUGCAUCACGGACAGCAUCACAGGCAAGAGCGUGGCGCACAACGUCGCGGCCGCGAGGCUCGACGUGAGGGCGCAGUUCGGCGAGGCGGCCGUGCUGCUCCGCUGCGGCGGCGAGCGCGGCCUCGACCUCGAGCCCGUCCCCGUCGACGCGUCGGGCUGCACAGUCGAGCCGCUCCAGCGCGGCGCCUUCUACUACGUGCUGCUAUAAUGACAAAUUGAACGUGACGCGUGAAUAAGCUACAGUCCCGGUGUGGCGCGCGGAUGGCAAGUGGUUUAGGGUAUCAGCUGGCAUAUAGGUGUGUGCCGAUUUAUCUAGUCUUCGUUUAAUUUGCCUCGUAUACUAUAUGUAUGCUUGCACUGCCGUGCACUUAGAACAGUAUCGUAUUAUUGCAAUCUCUGUGUCUUGCAAGAUAGUAGUAUGGCUUAACCGUAUAUAGUAUGUUCGAUCUGCAAGUAUAAUUCUUAGUACUAUCGUUUUAAGAAAAUGCUAUUAUUAAGCCUUGGCAAUAGACCAUGCAUCUGCAAACUCAUUGUCUGUUUUUUUUUGUUCGUCAAUCACGUACAUCCAGCAGUAAUAACGCAUGAUAUUGAUGCUUCUUCAAGGGGUUACACAUAAUAUUGAUGCUUCUUCGAGGGUUGCAAGACAAGAGUGUCCUGGCAGUUCUGGUGUUCUCUUUGAUUCUCCUGUAAUAAGCUAGUGUCAUAUUAUUGGUAACAAAAGCUCCAAUCUCCAUCAUCGUGUUCUUCUAUGAGAACCUAUCUCAUAGAUGGUGUACAUUUUAGUGCUUUUUGGAUGGAUGGAAUACUUGGAGGUACGAGCCUCUGGGAGUAUUUCCAUUCUAUGGGUAUCAUCAAUAGACACAUAGAUGUGUGGUCUUUGU